AUGCAAGUGAACACGGAAGACAUUACGGUGCCAUGGGGCAGAGCACCGGAUCCACUGGAUAUCCAGUUUGGCCGCUGGCGCAUGGCUGUUUUCCAGGAUGUCCAGGAGAGCUUCGACAAGUCCAAGCUGUACUUCCUCUACGAUCCAGUUGCUGACGAACGCUCCGGAACAACGGGUGGACGCAAGGGGAACCAGGGACUGGUGAUAUUUGAUUUGCAGAGACGAUGCUUCACUCGAGAAUUGCCCCUCUACUGCGAAGGCUCGCCGAAGUACAUUUUCGCACUGAAAUGCCCGUCGCCGUCCGGUGGAUCAUCAUUUGUCGUAGUUACCGCCACAGAUCGAUACGGCCAAACUGGUUUGCUGCUGUUCCGAGUCAAUUUGACGCAGGAUGGGAUGAACUUGGAGAGCGAGCCAAGACCACUUCUGUCCAAUUCGAUACCGGUCAGUGACGCGUUCAUAAUCGCAAUCCGUGAAGAUGCACCCGAAGUUGUGCUGAUGACCGCACCUGGCCUUAGUGUUUGGCGAAUGAAUUGUCUGGUGGAGCAGCCAUCCAGCCCGAUGGAGUCAUUCUCAGUUCCUGGCGCCGACCUGAACCACUAUUACGACGCUUAUCUCAGUCAGGGGAACGUUUACUUCAUGUCACAGUCACCAGAUGGGCAUUUUGAUCCGUCACGAAUUCAUGUUCUUGAGAUUACUGGACAUCGUCAAAUACGCACUCAGAUGUGCAAUCCGGACCCUCAGCGUGGCUUUCCGAAUCCGCGCAAACAAGCAGCAAUGGAUUCCAUGUCAGGAUAUAUAUUGCUGGCUGGUGGCGAAAUUGAUUAUGGCAGUUCAGUCUCUCGUCUCGUUGACUACUGGUUCCUUGACCUGUCAGCUUAUACGUGGCAGCAAAUUCCAGCACAGAUGCCGCUUCCACUGAUUGAGCCUCGCUUAACAACCACAAAUUCAGGCUGUGUUUACUUGUGGGGCGAUUUUGAUCAACCACUACCAGGCAUGCCAUCAGGAACACAUUUACGAAUUCUAAAAGUGACAGGAUUUGAAGGCAUGAAACCACCACCGUACGACGAAGCGAUCAGAAAGCCCACUGUACCCCCAUACACCCCGCAAGGACCGUAUCCUGCGGGCAGCACACAGGCAUAUCCGGACCUUGGUUUUGCGCAGCCAGGUGGCGACACGAUGCAAAAUAUGGCUCCAUAUCCACAAGCUAAUAAUCCUCCAUAUUCACAGCAGCAACAACAGCCACCGUAUCCUCCGGCGCAAUCGUCAUAUCCUCAAGUAUAUCUUCAGGGACAGCCGCCACAAAGUGGAGCGCAGCCGUACCCGUAUCCUGCUAGUGCACCACCACAGCAACAGUAUGGCGGACCCGGACCAAUGGCUGGCCAGCAUGCUUACUAUCCUCCACAGGACAAGCAGACUUGCUCCCUCCAGUAA